CCUUCACCCUUCCUCGACAGCAACGACUCCCCAACUGCCUACACACUUGUUGCCCCUCCACGCCGACUUUCACUUCAAACGCUGUUCUCUCACUCAAUAUGGGAGACACAACAGCGCCCAAUGGCGCCUCUGCCGACGCUGAGCGCUUUCUAGAGCUGCUCCAGGCUUCCGCGCAUCCCGCAAGCUCCAACAUUUCCUCCGAAGAGCUUGCCCAGUCGCUCGGAAUCCAGGGGCUGCCUACUCCGUCCGAGGCUGUCAAGCAGCUUGAGAAAGAUGUUCUAGCUCCGCCGAAGGACCUCUCCGAGGACCUGUGGCGCUGGCAAGUCCCUCUCCCCACGCAGGUGCCCCUCCCGCCGCUCACCCUCACCCCCUUGCCGGCCACGCACACUGUCGCACCCACAUUCCGGGGCAUCGAUGGCGCGUUCACUCACUGGCGCGAUGCGCUCGCCCCCAAGCAGCCAUUGCAUCCCAACCUCUCAUCGUCAAUGCAGCGCGAGCCAGGCGCGCUCAAGAACUUUGUGCGCGGUAAGAGCACGAAUGCGCCGUUCCUCCCGGGAGGGUUGGAGUCAGUGGCUGCGGUUGAGGAGCCCGAGGAGGAUUUGCCCGAGGAGGAGGGCUGGAAAACGCGCGCACCUGGUCUAAAACGCGGCCUUCAGCUGGAUGGAGCGGACGAGUUCCUUGCCGAAAUGCUGGGUCAACAAUCAAUGACAACCAAAGCACGGAGGAGAAAGCGCGGUGGUGACGAGUCACCAACCCUCGAGGUUUCGCGCCUUGGUGACGACGACAUCCCCACGCCCGACGGCGAGGAGCGGCCGGGCGCUUCCUCAUCGCGGAAGAACGUCGAUGAUCUCCUGCCAGUUGGCCGCCUACCUGCACCUCCACCACCACGCCGCAACCUCGUCAAGGCCGCCGAGAAGAAGGAGUGGGCUCAUGUAGUCGAUGUCAACCAGGAGCUCGUCAACUUCCGGGAAUUGGUUCCUGAGAUGGCUCGAGAGUAUCCGUUCGAACUCGACAACUUCCAGAAGGAGGCGGUGUAUCGCCUCGAGAUGGGCGACUCUGUUUUCGUUGCCGCGCAUACAUCUGCCGGUAAAACCGUAGUGGCCGAGUACGCCAUUGCUUUGGCUGCUAAGCAUAUGACUCGCGCGAUUUACACUUCUCCCAUCAAGGCGCUGUCGAACCAGAAGUUCCGAGACUUCAAAACAACAUUCGAUCCGUCGACCGUCGGCAUUCUGACGGGAGACGUGCAGAUAAACUCGGAGGGAAGCUGUUUGAUUAUGACUACUGAGAUUCUGCGCAGCAUGCUGUACAAGGGUGCUGAUCUGAUCCGUGACGUCGAGUUUGUCAUCUUCGACGAGGUUCAUUACGUUAAUGACGCCGAGCGCGGUGUAGUAUGGGAGGAGGUCAUCAUUAUGCUGCCCGAGCACGUCAACAUCAUUCUGCUUUCUGCCACCGUCCCGAACACAAAGGAGUUCGCGGAUUGGGUUGGCCGGACUAAGAAGAAGAACAUCUACGUCAUCUCAACUCCCAUGCGGCCUGUACCGCUCGAGCACUUCCUCUGGGCAGGCAAAGAGCUGCACAAGAUUGUCGACUCAAAGAGCCAGUUCCUUGGCACAGGAUACAAGAAUGCCGGAGAUGCUCUGCGACGAAAGCAGGACAAGGAGCGAGAGGCUGCCGGACUUCCUCCGCUCACCCGCACUGGUGGACGAGGAGGUGCUCCGACCAAGGCGCGCGAUCUCCCCACUGGCAAGUCCGCCCCUUUCACACGAAUCGGUGGAGGGCGCACACAUACAAACCGCGGUGGCGGCCAGGGCACCCCUGCUCCCGCCCAGCGUGGGGGCGGAGCUGGCGGUGGAGGUGGUCGUCGCCCGGGCCGUGGGCAACUGGACCAAAACGUCUGGACGCAUCUCAUCGCCCACCUUCGCAAGAAUCAUCUUCUGCCUGUAGUAAACUUCGUGUUCAGCAAGAAGCGCUGCGAGGAGUAUGCGCAGACCUUGUCGAGCACCGACUUGUGCGAUGCCAAGGAGAAGAGCGAGGUGCACAUCGUAUGGGAGCGCGCGCUCCAGCGUUUGAAGGGAUCAGACCGGACCCUGCCGCAAAUUCUUCGUAUGCGCGAGCUUCUCAGCCGCGGCAUCGGCGUGCAUCACAGUGGCCUACUUCCUCUCGUCAAAGAGGUAGUAGAAAUUCUCUUUGCUCGCGGCCUCGUCAAGGUGCUCUUCGCGACCGAGACCUUCGCCAUGGGUGUCAACAUGCCCGCCAAAAGUGUCGUCUUUUCUGGCAUCCGGAAGCACGACGGCACCGGCUUCCGCAACCUCCUUCCCGGAGAAUACACACAGAUGGCUGGACGUGCGGGGCGUCGUGGGCUCGACACCACUGGUACCGUCAUCAUCCUUAGUGGCGGAGACGAAUUGCCCGGCCUCAAGGAACUACAGGAGAUGAUGCUGGGUGUGCCCAACCGCCUCACGUCACAGUUCCGUUUGACGUACAACAUGAUUCUCAACUUGUUGCGCGUCGAGGCACUGAAGGUCGAAGAGAUGAUCAAGCGAUCGUUCUCCGAGAACGCCGCCCAGAAGCUUGCGCCCGAACAGCAGAAACAGGUUGAGCAGACCGAGAAACUACUCGCGAAGCUGCCAAAUGUGGAAUGUGAAGUGUGCAGCACCGAUAUCAGCGCGUUCUACGACCUCUCGGCCGAAGUGGUGCGUCUCAACGCGCAAAUCAUGAACCAAGCGGCAUGGGCACCAGGCAAGCAGCUUAUUCCCGGCCGCAUUGUGCUCCUCCGCGAUGGGCAUUACUCCGGAAAUGUCGCGGUUAUCCUACGCAACGCGCCCUCCAUUGUGCAGGAGGGCGUCAAGCGCGAUAGUCGCGCGUUCUGGGUACUCGCACUCGUCACCAAGGGCCAACGGACGAGGCGGGAUGACAUCAAAGACUCGGAGGUCCCGCCACGUUGGCCACCGAUCCUGCCAGCGAGCAUCAACAAUCCUCAGUGGGAGCUGGCAACCAUCGACUCAGCAUCGCUGGCCUUUGUGACUAACCGGUUGCUCAAGACCGACAUCAUCUCCAUCUUGGACAAACGCUCAAAGGACGCAUCAUACAAGACUAUGGACGAACUUGUCACGAUUCAGGCGCAGCUCGCGUCUGGUGACGCCUUCGAGGAGUUUGACUGGUCGCGCCUGUCCAAGCUCGAGUUCCAAGAGCUGCUGAGACAGCGCAUUGCGCUCACGGACCGUAUUUCGAAGCUCGGUUGCCAGCUGUGUAAGGACUUCGAGGAUCACUACGAGAUCAUUCAUGAACGCAAGCAAGUCGAGAACAGCCUCAAGGCGCUGCAACUUGCGUUGUCGGAUCAAAACCUCGAGCUUCUGCCGGACUACAACUCCCGCAUCGAAGUCCUCAAGGAGCUGCAGUUCAUCGACGAGAACGCAACUGUGCUGCUUAAGGGACGCGUAGCGUGCGAAAUCAACUCGGCACAUGAGCUGAUUCUCACCGAGCUUAUCCUUGACAACGUGCUGGCCGAUUUCACUCCGGAGGAGGCCGUGGCCCUGUUGUCCGUGUUUGUGUUCGUGGAGAAGACCGAGUCGCAGCCCCAGAUCCCCGCCAAGAUUGCGCAGGGUCUUGACAUCAUCUACGCGAUCGCCGAUAAGGUUGAGAACACGCAGCUGCGGCAGCACGUGGCCUUUGAAGAUUUCCGCGAGAAGUUCAAACCCGGCCUGGUGGAGGUGGUGUUCGAGUGGGCACGAGGCAUGCCAUUCUCCGAGAUCACCAACCUCACGGACGUUCCCGAGGGCAGUAUCGUGCGCAUUAUCACGCGAUUGGACGAAACUUGCCGCGAAGUGCGCGACGCAGCACGCGUCAUCGGAGACGCGGAUCUUUACCAGAAGAUGGAGGCAGCGCAGGCGCUCAUCAAGCGCGAUAUUGUCUUUGCGGCAAGCCUGUAUCUUUAGACAACUAGACAGGGUGAGAUGCAUAGGCAUGAGUGUAUUGCGCCCAUCUAUGUGAUGGUACCUGGUGUCGCGCCACACCAACUGCACUCUCCGAAAGUCUCCCUACUCUCCCAGACCUCCGACGACCUACGCAACUGCGGG